AUGUCGUGGUCGAAAAAUACGAUUGCAAACAGCCGUCGGACGUCUGAUAAUUUUGAAUUACCACCGACACCGCCGACGCCGUCGUGUCUUCACUUGGAAGGACAGAACCCGAGAUCAACGACAACAGAUUGCGAGAUGACAUCUUCAUGUCACAGGUGGUCCUGGAGCAAUCCCUGCAACGGAUUCGACAUCGCGACCGAUGAAAUCGCCCGUUUACACUCUUCACCAUGUAUCGCGAAUUUUCGUCAAAACACCGAUACCAAUCAAAAUUAUACGUACAGGUGGGAGCAAUAUUUCCAGCAAGAUGCCGCAAAUUGUCAUAGAAUGAUCGAUCCGUCGAAUGAGAAGGAAGAUGUGACAUCUUCGAACGAAUCCAAAGAUUUAUUAUACGAGAAUCAAGAUCGGCAUGGGAUGCCCUCGACAAAUACAGAAACGAUGUUUCGCACUUGGGAGAUGCCUCAUUUGCAGAAUACGAUUAUAAAUUAUGAAGAUAAGAACAAGUAUCAAUUUUGGCAAGAUUCGCAACACAAUGAAAGCUAUGCAAAUUCAUUCUUCGGAGAAAAUACACGUCCGCAUCACCGAGAACAAGAAACGACAAAGAGGACAAGCGAAAAACCGCGGAAGGAGAGAACCGCGUUUACGAAGCAACAGGUGCGUCAUCUCGAGUGCGAGUUCGCGCACAGUAAUUAUUUAACACGUUUGCGUCGCUAUGAGAUUGCAGUAGCACUGGAUUUGACAGAACGUCAGGUAUAUUAUAAAGCAUUUAAUGAACAAAUUAUGGAAUUCCUAUACAUCCAUUUAUCUCGUUCAAUCAUAUUUUUAUAGGUGAAAGUGUGGUU